AUCUGCCCUGACCACUUGAGGCAGGCUGGCAUUCGCAGCUCAGCUAACGGAGUAGUGGUUACAAAAGGUUAAACGUCUCUGUGGUCUUUACAAAUAGCGUCACCUGGAAUAUUUAUGGGAUUAUUCUAUUUUAUUAACAUCGAUCUUGGAGAUCCACAAAGCACUAUCACCUGAUGUGGGAUUCGAUAAAAUGUCUCUUACUGGUCUGGAGUUUCUCUUUCUACCGACCCUCGUUUGCAGACCAGAAAACGAUCACAGCUGAGUCUGGACAGAAGAACGUCACUCUGACAUGUCGAGCUCCAAACAACAACAUCAUUGUUGUUGUAGAGUGGAGCAGAGCUGACCUGAAGGAAGAUUAUGUCCUCCUGUACCGUGAUGAGCAGUUUGAUCCAGAAAACCAGCAUCUAUCUUUUAAGAACCGGGUGAAUCUGCAGGACAGACAGAUGAAGGAUGGAGACGUGUCUCUGAUUCUGAAGGAUGUGACAACUAAUGACACUGGAACAUACGAAUGUCGUAUCGUCCAGAGUAAAACAAACCACAGGAAGAGAUCCAUUUCAAAUAUUGAUCCCAUCAGCAUCAUCACUCUGAGUGUUGUUGAUCCUCCAGGUCAGACAGGAGGAGACACAGAGGAUGGAGGGAAGGAGGAUAGAUUUGUUGGACUGAUAGUCGGUCUGUUAGUUCCUGCUGUGCUUCUUGUUGCUGCUGUUGUUGGUUUUUUGAUCUACAAAAAACAUAAACAACAACAGAAUAAGGAUUCCUACCAGCCUCCAGCUGCACAGCAGCCUGUUUAAAAUGUGUCAGAACUUCUUCUUUUUCUCAUCUGAGUCUCCUGCUUCUCUUCCAGCUUCUCCAAGGUGACACUGAGCAAUCAGGGUAAAGACAUUUGAAAAUGUCCUGACAUUAAUUUCCAUGACAUCCAAGUUUUGAUGUUAAGUAUCUGAAAUUAGACUAAACAUUUAUUUAUUCCAAACAGAUUUUUUUGUGCUUCAGGAAAUUUAAAUUAGUUAUUAUAAGUGAAACAGGAGCAGACUGAUAUGCCACCGUGCCUUCAAGAAGUGCCAAAAUAAGAUUUUCAUUAAUUUUUGUAAUUUUCUUUUUCUUUGGUGUAAAACAUCAACAAACAUUUUCAUAUUUCAUGUUUAAACGUCCAUAAUAGUUUUUAAGAAGUAGAAAACUGUCCCAAAGUUACAGUUGUGUCUUUAGCUCCUCCCUGUCUGCUCAUCGACCUUCAUGAACACCAGCUGAAGUCUUUAUAAGAAGUUAAGUUUAGUGCAAUAUAAAACUAAUCUUCAUACUGUGAGCUGUAGCUGUUACUUCCUGUUCUCGACCUCCUGCUGAGCUAACGUCAAACUACCUGCUGCUAAAACACUCAUGUUUUUAUCACAGAAGCUUCUAAUGUUUAUUAUAUACAGCUUUAAGCACUGCGCGCACUUCUUAACUUUAUUAUUGCACACUGUAUUCAGUAUAUUUAUUUCUAUGAGCAUGAAUCUUGUUUACUUUUCUUUCUGUAACAAUAAAUCUGUUUUUAUC